UAAGGACGUAGGACCAAUCAGAGGCAGCGUUGCUUUUGCGGCUCCACGUCAGCACCAGCUGCGGGGCAAGAUGGAGGCGCUGAUUUUGGAACCCUCCCUGUAUACUGUCAAAGCCAUCCUGAUUCUGGACAAUGAUGGAGAUCGACUUUUUGCCAAGUACUAUGACGACACCUACCCCAGUGUCAAGGAGCAAAAGGCCUUUGAGAAGAACAUUUUCAACAAGACUCAUCGGACUGACAGUGAAAUCGCCCUUUUGGAAGGCCUGACAGUAGUAUAUAAAAGCAGUAUUGAUCUCUAUUUCUAUGUGAUUGGCAGCUCCUAUGAAAAUGAGCUGAUGCUCAUGGCUGUUCUGAACUGCCUUUUCGACUCACUGAGCCAGAUGCUAAGGAAAAAUGUAGAAAAGCGAGCUUUGCUGGAGAACAUGGAAGGGCUCUUCUUGGCUGUGGACGAAAUCGUAGAUGGAGGGGUGAUCCUAGAGAGUGAUCCCCAGCAAGUGGUACACAGAGUGGCAUUAAGGGGUGAAGACGUCCCCCUUACGGAGCAGACCGUGUCUCAGGUGCUGCAGUCAGCCAAAGAACAGAUCAAGUGGUCACUCCUUCGGUGAAGACUCCACUGUUCCUGGCUCCUCACCCCCUCAAAAAUCUGCAAUGUCUGCUGUGACUUCUCAUCCAGUUCCCCAACUGAUGCUCUCAGGGUCAUCUUGGGGAUCACAAGGGAUCCUUAAAUCUCCAUCCUGUCUAUGGUUGCUGCCGCUCCCUUCCCCCACCCAUCCCAAGUCCUAGGCACUUCCCAUUCCUUCUCACUUUUUUGCAGUUCUGGGAGUAAAGCUCCCAACAGAUUUGAAUGCAGGGCAGGGGAGCACCUCUUCCUUUCUAGACUAGAUUAUGCUCCCAUGUUCCUCCCCCCAUAUUUUCUUCUCAGCUUCUGUGCCCUUUGCAGCGGAUACACUUCAGAUCAAAGCAGGAGAAAGAAUAUGCUGAGUGUUUUUCUCCCGUUAUGUUUACCUGACCUUCAUCCCAGCAGCCCUUAUGUCCAGAAAGGAGAGAGAAGGAGAAUUCUUUUCUAUAGAAUGAGUGGGGUGAGGAGAGGUAUGUCUAGUCUCAAGCACAGCCCCACUUACUGGCCUCAGCAUUUUCUCCCAUUCCAUCUUACUGCCUUGUCCUCUAGCCUUGGAAAAAAGAUUGGAAAAGCUCAUAGGCAGGGGGACAGAGUGGAAGAAGCAGUAAUUUAAAUUUUAUCAGAUAGGGCUUAUAAGAUUCUGUAUUUCAGUCACAGCUACCUUCUUUACUCUGAUUCUGGCUUAUAGCUUCAAAACUGCUGUGGUCUGUGAAUGUUCAUUGUGGGAAUGUCCAUCUCUUGAUCGGCUACCUUAACUCUCCACCUUCACUACUCCUGGGAUCUUUGCCUGGCUUGUCCUCUCUGUGCCCUGGAGGAAAGCCAGUCCCUGAACUAAAACUGCUUUCUAGUCUUGGGUAGAAGAGUUUCUGCUCAAACCUAGGGAGGGGGUGGAAUUUAUGACUUGGGCCUCUUAGUCCCCUUUGCUCCCCCACAUGCUUUUCACUCCUCUGCCUUGGGUCUGUAAUAUCUGCUGCUUAACCCUAUCCUCUCUCUGCCUCGGCAUUAUAUCCAGGCAGUAGGUCAGGGCUCUUCCUUUCCCUAGGUCACUGAGAGAGGUGCCUUUCUUCAGAAAACCAUCGAGAUUUGAAUUUCCCCAGGAAGAUGGAAGAUGGAACACCCACUCUUGGGUCUAACCUUUCCCUUUGACCCCAAACUUCCCACAAAAAUAUCUCAAAAGACCUUCCUGAGAAUUAGGCUCUGCCCCACGCACUAACUACCAAUUCUCCAAGAUGAAGUAGGGCACAUAACUGGGCAUAUUUGAGGGGGCAUUUUAUGUAAGAGAUGUAUGGAGUUGGGAGAUGGCCACCUUCAUAUACUGCCCUGUGCGAAGAGGAAUAAAACACUUUUUUUUCCAAA